CAGAACUGUGCGCUGCGCUCCGUCCUACCUCGUCAACGACUAACUUUACGCGUAGUUGAACUAAUUAAUUCAGCUAUUUAUAAUGUAAUGAUACGAUUCAAUUUAUUUGACUUAUUAAUUAUGUGAACUUUUAAAAUAUUAAACGGUUAAAAAUAUCUUAAAAUAACCUUAAAAAUUAAAAACAUGACAGUAUUGUGUCGCCAGUGGUGAGAUGGUGGUAGUGACUGGACGGUGGUGGUUCACUUUAGUGGUUGUGGUGUUGUCUGUGGUGAACUGUGACACCAAGAUGUUCAACUUCAUCGGCCGGGAGACUCUCAGUGACGGCGAGACAGAGACUCUGGUACAUUACGAUGGUCUCACAGCCAAGGAGACGUCCGUGGUCGCACGAGGAGGCAAUCAUACGUCCUCAUUGAAGCUACGUCAGCUGACGGACGGUGAUCACCUGAUCCAGCUGAUAUACAGCGGCCAGGGAGAGCUGCAAGACUGUGAGUACCUGAGGCAGGACGCGGCUGUGAGGCAGUUCCAGGAGAACGUGAGGCAGACUGUGGAGGCCCGGGGGAACGUGCGCUCGCUGGACGGUCGUCGUCUACCCCCGGAGUUGGCGGAGUGGAUGGACUACGCGCUGCUGAAGAAGCAAUGUCACAGACAUCACCGUCGUCUGAGGAGACUGGCUCGUCGGAGAGUCAAGGGAGGGAAGUUGCAGAGAGCGCGUGCCGACAGGGAUAUCCAGAGGCGGAAGCGCGACCUGACUGAUCUGAUGAGGGUGCCGGGUACCAAGUGGUGCGGCAAGGGCUACUCCGCCACCAAGUACCACCAGCUGGGAGGGUUCGGUGCGGCGGACAAGUGUUGUCGCGUGCACGACACGGCUUGUCCCUUCUACAUUCCCGCCUUCGAGGAGAAGUACGGCCUCUUCAACUGGAGGAUCAACACGCUCAUGCACUGCAAGUGUGACAGAAGGUUCCGGACAUGUCUGAAGAUGGCAGACACGGGCCCCGCCAACCUGGUUGGUAAACUCUUCUUCAACAUCGUCCAGACGAAGUGCUUCGUACUCAAGCCUGAGAAGGUCUGCGCCAAGUGGUCGUGGUGGGGAAAAUGCAAGAAAAUGACUAUGAAGAAGAGGGCGCAUAUACGUGACAACAAGCCCUAUUGAAGUCGAAGCAAUAUUCAUUUGUUACUUUAGAAACCAUAUUGUACAUAAAGUAUUACGAAAACCUUUAAAUCAACAUUCAAUUGAAUAUCGGGUUUAUGAGAAACUCAUGAUUGUGGAUACAUACAUAAUACAUAAUAUUUUAUUAACAUUUGAAAAAAUAUUGCAAGUGAGAAUCGAUCACAAUAUUAAUUUGUUAAAAAUUAGAUGCAUUGAAUUUGCGAACCUAAAGAAAUAUUUAUCACAGAUAAAGCUUCUUUUAGUGUCUAUUGUGUCCAAUUAGAAUCACAAAAUGUUUUCCGCACGGAGUUAAAUACCAAUAUUUGAAGUCGAAUAAUAAAUUUAUACUUUUUAUAAAUAACAUUGUACUAAAGUGUAAGAUCACGUGGUAUUCAAUCUAUAAUAUACAGAGCACUAUAUUAAUAAUUCCUAGCUUUUAUAAACGUUAUUUAAAUGUAACUGUUUCCCUGGUCCAACUUAUAUUUCUCGUUACUAUUACAGUUUUUUAGUUUAUUAUUUCACCAUAGUAAUACUUCUUAAAGGGAGUUAAUAUUCCAUUGACUAUUGAAUACUGAAGUUGUAUUAAUAGUCAAAGGUAUUACAAAAAAAUGCUAUUCCUUUGAAAUGAAUCUAGCAAAUAUUGUAAAAAUGUACUUAAAUGUAUAUAGUAUAGUAGAUAUUAAAUUGGAAAUGAUGCGAGAACAUCGUUCGUUUGUAGAUAUUUUGUUGAUAUUCGAAUUUUGUAAAUAUAAAUUAAC